AGCUCAACAGUCAUCAGCACAAAGUUCAGUGAGCAAGUGGUGCAAGAAACAGCCACCAGAGAAGAGUGUGUGUUAUCAGAGAGGUUCAGUGGUGACAACAGAGCUCGGAGCAGCACUUCAGGAACACCACUGUGAAGGUGCUCUCAGAUGGAUUACGCCAUGAAGUCCCUCAGCCUUCUGACUCCGUCUUCUCUCUCCAAGUGUGUGUCAGCAAGCGUCUCAGCCAGCGCUUCCAUGACCCAGCAGCUCCUGUCGGGUCGAGCUCCUCGUCCGAGGCCCUUCAGGGUCACAAACAGUGAGCGCAGUGUGAAGAAGGGCAUCAUUGCAGAGACACUGGAAGACCUGAUGAACAAGGCCAGUGACUCUUUGGGUGUACAGUGUGUCAGUGACCUGGUGCUGGAUGAAGAUGGAACAGGGGUGGACACAGAGGAGUUCUUCCAGACGCUGCCUGAAAACGCUGUCCUCGUGGUCCUGGAGAAGGGCCAGAAGUGGACCCCACAUCCAAGCAGCCCCUCCAGAGAUCAGCUCAGUAAGUGCAGGCUGCAGCACCGGACAGAUGUGGCCAAGCUGACUUUUGACCUAUAUAAGAGCAACCCUAAGGAUUUCAUUGGCUGCCUGAAUGUGAAAGCGACCCUGUACGGUGCUUAUUCUGUGUCCUAUGACCUGCGCUGUUACGCUGCCAAAAGUAUACUGAAGGAGGCUCUGCGAUGGACCAUCUUCUCCAUGCAGGCCACAGGCCACAUCCUGCUGGGCUCCUCCUGCUACAUCGAGCAGCUGCUGGAGGAAGAGGAGCGAGCUGAGAACAGCCUAACGCUGCCACAGGAAAGCAGGAUCAAGCAGCUGCAGAGCAUGCUUCUUGGAAAGACAUCCCACUGAUGAUGGACUAGAGCCUGAUGAUGGAAGAGCAAACACACAUUGUCUUAGAUUUAGGACACAAUGUAGAUGUUACAGAUGAAACAGGUGAGCUCUACCUGUUCAUGUCUCAGUUUCCUGUGCGGACAUUUCAGACAGUCUCUUCUCACAGUCACUCUGUUGCUCUGUUACAUUUUUUUGCCCCAUAUGUACGUGUUAUUCCUCAGAAAGCACUUUUACUCACUACUAUGUAACUUUGUCCUUUUGAGAUGAAUAAAUUAAAUGAACACUC